GGGAAUAAACACAGCCACGCUUCGUUACGGCUAAAGAAAACAUUCGCACACAAGUUGCUGUUCAAAUUUAUUCAAACUAUGUCUUAGUGAGUAUUGUUGUGAUGACGUGUUCACCUAAUGUGUGUGAGAAGUGAGGCUGAGAGAGUUUGUUCAAAGCACCAAUCUCCCCCCGCUCCCUGAUAAAGGGGUCGUGUGCCUCCUUCUGCCAUGUUGGAUGCAUCCACAGCUCCUGAGGCUGCUGGACUUCCCGAAUAAAAGUUGCGUGUUUCUUCAACUCCGGACAUUUACAGACUACGUAUUUUCAUAUUUCCAGCAAGCAGAUAAUAUAACGAGCUUUCCCAAGCAGAAACCAUCUUGGAACAUAAUCCGCGCCCUUCUGGUCGGUCCCUCUGGCCGAAGUGGGACUGAGCGGAGAUGGUUGCAGGCCACAGCAACCGGAGACCGCAUGAAAUUUCUGUCCUGAGGAGAGAAGGUUAAGGCCAGUUCCACCAGAAGCGCACCGUACCCGGGGAGUCUAAGCGAAUUCGGAGCCAUGAACAGUCAUCCCCCGCCCCGCAGGGCUGUGAACGUCGGCUCCCUGCUCCUCACCCCGCAGGAGAACGAGUGUCUGUUCGGCUACCUGGGCAGGAAAUGCGCAACCCUUUGUUCAGCGGUGGUGCAGGUGUACCGGGCCGAGCGGAGCUACAAGUGGGUGAAAAGGUGCUGUGGAGUGGCGUGUUUGGUCAAAGAUAACCCUCAGAGAUCUUACUUCAUCAGAGUGUUUGACAUCAAGGAAGGGAAAACCAUGUUUGAACAAGAACUCUACCACAACUUCUCCAUCAGCAGCCCCAGACCGUACUUUAUCACUUUUGCAGGGGACAGCUGUCAGGUCGGUUUGAACUUUGCCAGUGAAGAAGAAGCCAAGCGGUUCAGAGUGGCCGUCAGCGACCUGCUCAACCGGAGGCAACGGAAAACAGAGAAAAGAGGUGACCUGAGAAAUGGUCCAGCUCUGCCCAUGGCCACAGUGGACAUCAAGAAUCCGGAGAUCAACAACAUCCGAGUCCAUAACUCCCACAGCCACCAUCAGCCUUACCACCUCAACAACAUGCUGAGUCACAGCGCUCUGAUCCGGAGGGACAAGAAGACCAAAGGAAAGAAGAAGAAGCUGACCAAGGCCGACAUCGGCACGCCCAGCAACUUCCAGCACAUUGGCCAUGUGGGUUGGGAUCCAAAUACAGGUUUUGAUCUAAACAACCUGGACCCUGAGCUGAAGAACCUGUUUGACAUGUGCGGGAUCUCCGAGGCUCAGCUGAAGGACAGAGAGACAUCUAAAGUCAUCUAUGAUUUCAUUGAGAAGAAGGGCGGGGUGGAGGCCGUCAAAGACGAGCUGAGGAGGCAGGCACCACCUCCACCCCCGUCUCGGAGUGGCGCCCCUCCUCCCCCACCACCACCACACAACACAGCCCCAGCCCCACCGCCGCCACCACCACCGUCCAGAGGGAGCAGAGGAGCCCCUCCUCCACCUCCUCCGUCCAGAGCGCCUGUUUCCGCUCCUCCCCCACCUCCUCCCUCAAGACCAGGAGCUCUUGGUGCCCCACCUCCUCCUCCUUCUAGAGGAGGUCAUCAGCCACCUCCCCCUCUUCACCAUCACCAUCAGCAGCCUCCUCCUCCUCCCCCUCCAUCAUCUUCCACCGCCCCUCAAGCUCCUCCACCUCCCCCUCCCAUUCUUGUCCAACCAUCUUCUGCAAGCUCUGCACCUGCCCCACCACCUCCUCCUCCUGGUCCUCCUCCUCCCCCAGAGGUGGAUGGCAUUGGUGGCGGUGAAGACUCUUCUCAGGCUCCUAACAUAGGCGGCAAGUCUGCUCUGCUGGAGCAGAUUAGAGGGGGAACCCAGCUGAAGAAGGUGGAGCAGAACCACAGGGCUCCGGCCUCCAGCACAGGUCGAGAUGCCCUGCUGGACCAGAUCCGACAAGGAAUCCAGCUCAAGACUGUAUCAGAUCAUCCAGAAUCUGGUCCCCCGACACUGGCUCCAGCUGCAGGGAUUGUUGGAGCCCUAAUGGAGGUUAUGCAAAAGAGGAGCAAAGCUAUCCAUUCCUCAGAUGACGAUGAGGAUGAAGACGAGGAUGAUGACUUUGAGGAUGAUGAAGAGUGGGAUGACUAGUGAAAACGUCAACCUUAGCCUCCCCCCGCCCCACUUCACUAGCCUUGCACCUACCGCCGACACUAAAAUCUCCUAAAAAUCUUCCAGAACCUGACUACACUAAGUAAUGUAAAUGUUGUUUGAGUUUGUUGUAUAUUUAUUUUUGCUUUUUUUAAAAAAAUGAUUAUUCCAAUUAAUCUGUGCAAUACCUCACCAGUUAAACUGUUCCAUUCAUCACAUACCCCUGUGGUAAAAUCUCCUCUCCUUCUCUUGUGUCAAUAGAAAGCACCUAAAUGCAUCAUUAGCAUAGUGCAAAGACUCAAGCAGCUAGUUUUCUUUCACCAAGUAACAGAAGGGGUAACAUAUUCUGCAUUGAGAGGAGCUGGAGUUGGUUGUGCUUCAUGGGAUUUAUUCUGUUACAUUUCAUUGCCUGAGAAAGUUUAAAGGGACAAUUUUCCAAGGAAACAGGCAGGAAAAUCUGUGUUUUUGUGUGAAAUGUCAGUUAACACUGUUAUCUUAUCACCUUUGUUCUUCUUAUCUUUACCGCUCUACUGUUUCUCAUUUCCUUCUGAAGGUGUAGUUUAGAGAUCUUUUUGUGUUAUAGUUCUACUUGCUGACCAAACGGCGGCCACUCGGUCGCCUCGUGUGGAUCUUUAACUUUCAUUUUUCACUUGAUUAAAAGGUUUUGUUGUUUGUUUGUUUUUUUGCAGUUUGUUGGGUUUUUUACUUUGUGUGUUUGUCGGUAAUAGAUUCAUACAGUAGGGUAGACAGUAGGAUACACUGACUUUGAUAUAAGAAGACAAACAAGGUUUGAGUUACAGACUUAUUUUGUUUCACACACUUGAUAGCUUAUAUAAUGGGACCUUUUGUUUAGCUUUCAUUUGUUCUGCAACAUCCCAUUAAUCUGUAGCAUUAUCAGUCUCACGUCAUUUAAAGAAAACAAGUUAAAAUGGCAUUUUUCAUCUCUUAAGAAACUGAUUUUAUGCAAUGCAACUGCAAAUGCCCUACGGCAAAUACUAGACAAAGCAAAUAAUAAUGAACCAAAUGUGGCAUUUUCAAGCAGCUCGUGGCUUUGGCAAUACCUGUGAUCCUUUAUCUGCAAACAGUGUAAAGAAAUAAGCAGUUUUCCUGUCUGUCCUAAGUUUUUACUGUCCUACAGUGAGGCCUAAUUCUGCAUCAAGAAGCCAAGAUAUUGACAUAAAGCCUGUGAAAACGUUCGGGUGGGAAUGGGACGGAUGGGGUCAGUGAGAAUAUUAAAUUGUAUACCUGAAUAAAUGCUAUUAUUUACAGAGA